CGCCUGAACUUCAAACAUCACCUUCCACUAAUACAAUGAUCGGAAAAAGAAGUCUCCUUAAUCCAACGGUUGAUGUUCCACCUUGGUCAUACACAGAUCAUGAUCAAACGGCUAAUAACAUGCACUUCAUGUUAAGCCCCAGUACAAAUUCCAAUUCUACCCCUAACUUCAACAACUUCACUGAUCAAGAAGAUAAUUAUUCUAUGUUUCAUGUUGAUGAAUUUGAUGAUAUUGAACUUCCAGUGGACGUGUAUGCAUGUGAUAAUUUCAGGAUGUAUGAGUUUAAAGUCAAGAAAUGUGCACGUGGCAGGUCACACGAUUGGACUGAAUGUCCCUUUGUUCAUCCUGGUGAGAAAGCUAGAAGAAGAGACCCACGUAAGUAUCACUAUUCAGGUACUGCAUGUCCUGAUUUUCGUAAAGGUAAUUGUAACAGAGGCGAUGGUUGCGAGUUUGCUCAUGGUGUGUUCGAGUGCUGGUUGCACCCCUGUCGUUACAGGACACAGCCUUGUAAGGAUGGUGGCAGCUGUAAGAGGAGGGUUUGUUUCUUUGCUCACUCACCCGAACAGCUCCGGGUACUGAGUCCGGGUUCGGGUCCCGACCCGUUUCCGUAUGCACAAACUUCGCAUUUUGUUUCAUCACCUGAGUCGAGUUCGCCGCCAUCGGAGCCUGUGUCUCCGAUGACAGCGAACUCGUUGAGUCGUUCACUGGGUUCGAACUCGAACUCAGUGAACGAGGUAAUGGCUUCGCUACGUCAAUUGCAGCUAAACAGGCUGAAUUCCAUGCCUAAUUCAUCAUGGAAUGGUGUACAAAUGGGUUCUCCAAGACUCGGGUCGCCUAGGCGGGUCGUGACCCGACCCGGUUUUAUGAGCUUGCCUGCAACUCCUAUUGGGGAUCCGACCCGACCCAGGAACAGAUGUUUCGAUUUGUGGGAAGAGGAACCUGUUAUGGAGAGAGUUGAAUCAGGGAGGGGUUUAAGGGUUAAAAUGUUUGAGAAGUUGAGCAAGGAGAAUCCACUUGAUGGGGUUGACCCGGAUCCGAAAAUGAACCCGAAUUCAGGUGGGUCAAACCCGGAUGUUGGUUGGGUUUCGGAUCUGAUCCAGUAAAAAAAUCAAGAAUCAUAUGAUUAUGUUGAUUGCAGCUUCAGUAAUGGUGGGCCUUUUUUUGCUUCCUCUAUUUUUGCUUGCUUAAUUAACUUCAGAUUUUUGGGUACUUAAUCAUAUACUAAUCUGUUGUGGAAGCGAUAAAUCGAAGGAUAUUUUAUGUAUGUGUGUAUAUAUGUAUAGAGAGAGUAAGAAUUUAGUGGUAGCAGAUAUGGUAAAUUAUGUUUGGUUGUAAAGGGAAAAUGAAGAUUAGGAUCUCUCUUUGAGGAAGGAAUUUUAGGCAGCCAGAAGGAUUUUUAAUAUUAUUUUAUAAAUAUUUAGCCAAAAAUGGCCAAGUGAAGAUGGGGAUCUAAGUGAUGUUUUGAUAUUUUUGAAGAAUUGUAAUCCUUCUAAUGUAUUGUUUGUAUGUAUGUACAUUUAUAAUAUUUGGUAUAUAUUUCUAUUA